CGCUAAUAUUGAAACAUGAUACAGUCAAUCUUGUUAUCAAUAAUUAAAUGUAAAUUAUUCCAACUAAUCAAUUAAUUUACAUAAUUGUGAAAUACCGCAAAUACGUUAUUCAGAAGUUAUAUAUAUUCGUCCUGAAGAAAACCUUAUCGAAUGACGGAUGCGCGUCCCAGCCCAGCUGACUCGAAACUUGUCAAAAUUCAAGAAUGCAGUGCAGUGACUCGUAGAUUUCGAUCGAGACAAUGGCGAAAUAGAUGAGUUUGCAUUCUAAUGUAAAAUUAUGCGAUUUGAGUCAUGUGAUUUUUUUUUUACGCUAGUUCACCUUCACGUUACAACUUAAUAAAAAACCUGAUAUUCCGUAACGCCAUUAGAUACUUCAUAUCAUAAAUGCCGUUAUUCGCGCAUUACGCGGAAAUUCAGUCGGUUCGUUGAUUCUCGCGGAGCCGGACGUGAAACGUCAAAAACCGUAAAGACGGGCCGCCGCCUACGUCGAUGCUCUCCACGACGACAGCUUCCCGAAACACCGCUGUUAUUUGAGUGACACGCGAGGACUGAAAAUCGAAACCACAGGAGGGGAUAAAAGAAACGAGAUAGUGGUAAUUAUAUGUUCUGUGGUGGUGAUCUUUUGCCUCUUUAGACGGGUCGGAUAACUCGAGGACGAAACUGUGUCGUAGUCGAAACCAAGAACUUUCGUCGGCGAGAUGAGCUACCUGAAGUCGGUCGGCACCGCCGUCAUCUACAUCGGCCUCUUUCUGGCCUUCGUCACCUUCAUUCCUGGUUUGCCACCUAACACGGAAUUCCGGGAGUACAGUAUAGUGGAACCGCGCGAUGUCGAUCCUAAAAUAGGCCCAAAGAAUCGACUAAAUAACGUCGAAAAGUUAUUCGAAGGGAGGUUUGUUGGUCCCGAGGCAUUCGCUUCCUACGAUGGUCAGCUCUACACCGGCAUUCACGAUGGUUACGUCCUCAGGAUCGAGGAGGAUACCUUGGUGCCGAUUGCCAAGUUUGGCAAAAAGUGCGAUGGCUUAUGGCAAGAGCACAAAUGUGGCAGACCAUUAGGAAUGAGAUUUGAUAAAAAGGGCAACUUAUAUGUAGUGGAUUCUUAUUAUGGAAUUUUCAAAGUAAAUGUUGAAAGUGGAGAGUACAAAAACAUAGUGAACACAUCGAAACCGAUUGAUGGGAAAAUUCCACAUAUACCUAAUAGUAUAGAUGUCAGUGAAAAUGGAGAUCUUUAUUGGACUACUAGCUCUACAGACUUUGCUCUUUAUGAUGGAGCGUUAACGUUUUUAGCAGAUCCAACGGGAAGGUUUAUACGUUAUAAUGCAGCUAAAAAGAAGAACGAAGUAUUAUUGAAAAAUCUUGGAUUUCCAAACGGAGUUAUAUUAAGCGACGAUGAAAGUUUCGUACUUGUGUCAGAAUCAUUAGAAUGCCGUAUCUUGAAGUAUCACUUGAAAGGACCAAAAGCAGGUCAGAAAGAGGUCUUCAUUGAUGGCUUGCCAGGUAUACCAGAUAAUAUUCAAAGCGAUGGCCAAACUGGUUUCCUCGUCACUACAGUGUUUACUAUCACCCCUGAACAUCCUCUACUUAGUCUCAGUCUUACACCACAUCCAAACUUAAGAAAGAUGAUUUUACGAUUGGCACUGUUGAUGGAAUUACCUUUUAAACUGUUGCAAGACAUUUAUCCUAAUACCUUUACGGAGAAAGUUAUACAUGCAAUUGGAUCAUUUCAAUUAGGAGAAAUAUUUAACACUUAUAAGAAAAGUUUUGUCUUAAGAAUAGAUGCAUCGGGUAACAUUAUGGAACUUCUUUCUUCGGACGAUGAUGCAUUCUAUGGUAUUUCUGAAGCCUAUAUACAUAAUGGCUUUGUAUGGUUUGGCAGUCCAUGGCGAAAUUAUAUUGGGAGAGUUUCGUUGAAACAAGCUUUUCCUGAUCUAUCUAAUAAUGAAAAGCAAUCUUCUCGUACAAGAGAGAGUGCUGCCGCUUCAAAUGUAAAGUCAGAAAAAGCGAAGCGAGACACGGUAUCAGCAUCUGCAUCAACCACAUCUAAACCAACUCCCACUCCUACAACAACGCCAAAGCCAACUACUUCCACAACUUCUAAGCCAACCGCACCAAAACCGUCCCCAACUCCUAAAGUUGAUAAACCAACUACUACAGACAGCAGCAAUGCGAAACCGUCGAAAACUAAACCAAUUUCACAAUCUGCAAAUGAUGCCAAAGUCAAGAAGAAUGCAGAAACAGUUAGCGACGCGAAACCUAAUACGAAAUCAAAUUCGCCAAAUGCGAAAACCGAAACAGAUAAUAAAAAAGAAGGUGCUGCAAAGAAUGUAAAAGUGGAACAAGACGCUUCUAUUAAAGAGAAAGUACAGAAAUCACCUCCUAAGAAGGUUAAAACCAUAGAAGCAAAUCGUCCAAAAGACGAUCUCUAAUAAAAAAAUUUAACGCUAAAUUAAUAUUUGUGAUACCAUCAACACUUGUUGAAAACGGUACAUUCCAUUUUUCAGAUAAUCCAAUGCAAAAUAAAUUGAUGAUUAUAGAUUAUAUCGAUUUUCGUAACAUUAAUUUGUUUUAUAUACAUUUAUAUCAAAUAUGUUGUUAUAUUCAAGUCACGCACAAUCAGUUAUACAAGUAUUUACAAAAUGAUUAAGUAUUGAUAACACAAUCGGGAAUAUAACUUUCAUGUGAAUAAUUCCAUAUGAAAAAUAAAUUUAAAAAUGUAACAAAUUAUUUUACAUCUUUUACAAGAUUUGAUCUUUUUUCAAGAAAUGAAAACUAUCUUUGUGAAACAUUUUUGAGCUAACAUAACUUUUAAUUUCAUUGCAACAUAAAUUGUUUAAUUUAUAUUAAUACAUUAUUAUAAUAAAUAAAUAAAAGUUUUAUAUAUAAAUAGAAGUUUGAAGUUACAUGUAUUAGAGACCCUUUCCCUAGAGGGUCUUUAACAUAUACGUAUUACAAAAAAUAUAUCAAAACUGUUCUUGUUUUAUCAAAUAGAACACUAUUUUUAUUUGUACACAUGUAUUUUAUUGAUGAAAAUAAAGAAAUCAGCUGUUGAACUGAUGAUAUAUCAGUAAAAAUCAUACAAGUCUAAACAAGCAAUAAAAAUACAUAAUUAAUUACUCAUAAA